ACAGAGUACAUAACAUUAUAUUGAGUUUCAUCUUUAGCGUAGUGACUAGUGAAUAGGUCGUUUUUUUGCCAAUUUCAUGGUCAUCCUAACAAACCUUUUAUUGGUGGUGACGACGUCGUAUUUUGCAAACAAAGAAAUAAAUGCAAGUUGACCUCACAUGAUAAAAUUCAUCAAGGAAGCAAAUCUAUGAGAGCCACAAGACUUAUACCCUUUUGAGUAGGUAAUUACCCAUUCUCCGUGAAGUGAAUUGAUUGUGAAACAAAAUGUCAACUCCUGCAAGAAGACGUCUGAUGAGAGAUUUCAAGCGCUUACAAGAGGACCCACCAACUGGUGUGUCUGGUGCUCCCACUGAUAAUAACAUUAUGAUCUGGAAUGCUGUGAUAUUUGGACCACAUGAUACUCCAUUUGAGGAUGGCACGUUCAAACUUACAAUUGAAUUCACAGAGGAAUACCCCAACAAACCGCCUACAGUCAGAUUUGUUUCUAAAAUGUUUCACCCCAAUGUAUAUGCUGAUGGGGGCAUUUGUUUAGACAUAUUACAAAACAGGUGGAGUCCUACAUAUGAUGUGUCAGCCAUUUUAACCUCAAUACAGUCAUUGUUAAGUGACCCCAACCCGAACUCGCCAGCGAACUCUAUGGCUGCACAACUUUAUAAAGAAAAUCGGCGGGAAUAUGAAAAACGUGUGAAAGCAUGUGUGGAACAGUCUUUUAUUGAUUAGCAGGGAAUAACAGAGUUGAAACAUACAUGUUCGGGAAGCUCUGCUGGUAUUGGCUUACACCUAUGCAAAGUCAUUGGGGCAUGUUUAAAUUAUUAAUAUUUAAUCAUAAACUGCAUUACUGCCAUUUAGCCUUUGGCAGUUAGAUAUAAUACAGAAAGCAAUUUUUAAAGAAAAUAAUGUCACCAGUAGAAUAAUAUUAUAAUAAUACUAA